AUGGCAUCCUCGAUUGAAAUACAUCCGAUAACGUUCCCUCCUGAAGUUUUAGCAAGGAUUGCCCCGGAUCUUUCGAUCCAGAGACAUCUCUCUCUGGGCGUGAGGCCAUGUCUUCGACAAUUUGAAGAGUUUAGGAACAUUGAAAUUAGCGACGGAGGACUCUCUCGCUCUACCGACUUAUUUCACAACUCUGAAGAAAACAAUAUCUUGGGAUCUAACGUUUUAAGAUCCGGCAAAACAAUAGUCAUUACAUCCAUUACUGGGGGAUUCGUGGAAGAGUUAUUACCAGUACACGGUAUCGACGAAGGUGAGGAAGAAUUAAGGAAUAUGACAAUGCAGCAUGAUCGUAUAUCGCAGUUUGGGGCUGUUUACCCAGUGGUUGAAGUGGAGCGCGGUAGAAUGGGUGCACCAACGGAUGAAGAAAUGAAUCUAUCACAGAAAAUAUACAACUGCAUAUUAGGCUCUGGUGUGAUUCCAAAGUCUUCACUUAAUGUGAGUGUUGGGCGGAGGACCACGAAUCCUGAUAAAUCUGUCUCGAUAACUUAUCCUGAUGAAGAAGGACCGGAGCUGGAUCAGCAGUUUCUUCCGAAGCGAAAAUGGUCAUAUGUUUUGUAUGCUAAGAUUCAGGUCUUUAGUCGAGAUGGACCUCUCUUUGAACUAUGUUGGAAUUCAUUGAUCUAUGCUCUGAAGAACACGAAACUUCCCCGUGCUUUCGUUGAUGAGAAAACCACCGACCUAAAAAUCCCAGUUAGGGUGAGAGGCCGUAGCGCAGCCAUUAGAGAGACAUACGACAUAAUAUGUGACUCGCAUAAAAGUAUACCACUAGUUUUAAAUUCCAAAAACGUCGGAUUCGCGUCAAACUUUGGCGUGAUUGAUUUAGACCCUGAGGCAAGGCUACCGGAAAAAGAAGAUGAGAUGCAGGUAGACCAGGAGGAUUCUAUUCUUUUGGCGGACCUACAGGGUGAAGCAGAAGAGUCAUCUGUUCUUUCAACUUUGUCGAUCAUAUCCGAUGAGAAAGGAAAUCUGAAGCAUCUCGGAAUAAUCGGUGGUGGAUCUAAAGUUACUACAGAAACGAUAAGACGGUCAAUUCUUCUUUCCAGCAAGCGAUCCGAGGAUUUGAGUACAAAAAAUUAA